AUGUUUAGCACGGCGCAGCGUGUUCGCCUUGGUAAUUCGAUGCGAUGUUUUUCCACUACUUCAAAGACCCUGCGCGCGUUUCAAAAUAUGCCGCAGGGCCUAGCGAAGAGUGGUCGCGGCAAAAUUGAGUUGAAGAAUGCAAAAUUGAUGCGGUCGCAGUCCUAUAUCAACGGAGAAUGGGUCGCUGCUCUUAAUGGAGAUACUCUUCCGGUGUACAGUACGUGUAGGAUACUAACAUAUCUAGACAAGGCUACGACCGAGGUCCUGGCGGACGUGGUUGACCAGGGCGCCGACGAUACGCAGGUGGCCAUUGACGCAGCCAGCGCUGCAUUUCCGUCCUGGUCGAAGACUACAUCGCAUGUGCGUCACGACAUGUUGAUGGCUCUCUAUCAUAAAAUCCGAGAAAAUGCUGAAGAUCUUGCGCAGAUCAUUGUGGCCGAGAACGGCAAAUGCUUGACGGAUGCUAUGGGUGAGGUAAACUAUGCCAACUCGUACAUCCAAUGGUUUGCUGAGGAGGCGCUCCGUAUCCAAGGUUACACGACUCCCUCCCCUCAAAGCAGUGUUCGCACAGUGGUAUUCCGGCAGCCAAUCGGUGUAGCGGGACUUAUUGCCCCAUGGAACUUUCCUCUCGCGAUGAUUGCUCGCAAGGUGGCUCCCGCCCUAGGCGCUGGAUGCACAACUGUCGUCAAGGCUCCGCACGAGUCCCCCCUAAGUGCGCUAGCUAUGGCUCAUUUGGCCGAAGAAGUUGGAAUUCCCAAGGGUGUUGUGAAUGUGCUUGUCUCUUCGAAGGGCAAGAACGAGCAAGCCAUGGGCAAGACCUUGUGUGAGAGUACCCAGGUGGACAAGAUCUCCUUCACGGGCAGCACGCGUGUCGGAAAGUUACUCAUGAGUCAGUCGGCCGCUACAUUGAAGAAAGUGUCCAUGGAGCUGGGUGGCAAUGCACCUUUCAUUGUGUUUGACGAUGCCGAUGUGGACGCCGCUGUGGAGAAUGCCAUGGCUUGCAAGUUCCGCUGUGCAGGCCAGACUUGCAUCUCUCUCAAUCGACUCUUUGUGCACGAGCGUGUGUACGAUGAAUUCGUGGAGAAGUUCGCCGCUAAGGUGCGCGAGCUGCGUGUGGGCUACGGUCUGGAGCCGGGUGUGAACAUUGGGCCGCUGGUAAACGAAGCUGGUCAGCAAAAGGCCUUCGAUCAUGUGUCUGCCAUGGAGAAGGCGGGCUCCCAUGUGUUGGUCGGCGGUCACAAGGGUGAGGGCCUCUUCUUUGAGCCCACUGUUGUGCUGGCAGCGCCGAACUCGCACCCUCCGACUGAUGAAGAGGAGACGUUCGGUCCUGUGGCGGUGGUAUACAAGUUCGGCAGCGAAGAGGAAGUGAUCCGUGCAGCUAAUGAUGUCCGUGUGGGCCUAGCUGGCUAUUUUUUCAGUCGGGACAUUCAACGGUGCUUCCGUGUCGCUGAAGCACUCCAUGUCGGCAUGGUGGGCGUGAAUACAGGCCUCAUCUCGUCUAGCACUAUGCCUUUCGGUGGCGUGCUUGAAAGCGGUUUCGGCCGCGAGGGUGGCCCUACAGGUAUUUACGAGUACCUCUUCGAGAAGGCCGUGUCGUUCGGCGGCAUAUAA